AUGUCCUUCAUUCCUCGAAGGCUCUUCCCCAACUACAAUGUGCCCUUGGCCAACUUCAAAGGCCACCACCAGAAGGCCCUCACCAAGUUUGGCCACCUAGCCCCCCAAAUCGAUCUCGUCGUUGAAGUACGUGACCUGCGGGCACCAGUGUCCACCACCAAUGUCCUCUUCGAUAAGGUGCUUGCCCACAAACCAAAGCUUAUCGUCUACACCAAGAAAGAUCUCCUGGUGCUUAAACCUGACUUGAUGAACAAAUGGCACCGUCAUGAACCCUAUAUGUUUGUUGAUGCCCGUAACCGCCGCGAUGCCCAAAAGGUCAUCGAUAAGGUGAUUGAGCGCUACGACGCCAUGGACCCACCGCCUCCGUUAGGGCUCCGCAUGAUGAUCAUCGGCAUGCCCAAUGUCGGCAAACUGACGUUGGUAAAUACGCUUCGUGAAGUCGGCUACGGUAAAGAGUUGAUGGAAAUGGGGGUGCUGACUAAACGGAAGAAAGUGGCGAAAACUGGGGGCCAGCCGGGGGUUACCCGUCUGACAAGUGAGAUUAUUCGAUUACUGAGAGUGCCCGAUAUUUUGGUUUACGAUACACCCGGGGUAUUCCUCCCUACGGUUAAAGACGCUGAGACCAUGCUCGCUCUAGGGCUUGUGGGCUGUGUCCACACACUGUUUAUUGAUCCCGUGAUCCAGGCAGACUACUUGUUAUACCUUCUCAACCUCCAAGACCCGCUGGGAGCACUCUACAGCGAGUACAUUGACCACCCCACUAAUAGCAUUGAUGAGCUUCUUUACAACGUGGCCAAGACUCGUGGUAAGCUCCGCAACGACGAGUACGAUGAGCUUGGCAUGGCUCUCCACUGGGUCAAUUUGUGGCGCCAGGGGAAGUCCUCGAAGUAUCGAGGUCUUUUCGAUCUUGGUGCUAUUGUCGAACUCAACGGUAAGGAGCUUCGCGCUCUUUAUAAGGACGAACAAGAACGAGUAAAGGAGAUGAACGUCCACCAGAAACUCGUUGACUCGUUUGGCGAGGACGGCACCAGUACUCUGAAAGCCCGUAAGCGGACGGCCAAGGAUCGGGCUGCUGACCUCAAAAACCAAUUAUUCAAAUUAUGA